AUGUACGUUAGACGGCGCGAGGAGAACACGAGGGCCUACCUCGACUUCUACUACAAGGAGCCCAUGGUCGCCUUCAACCCCUACAUCCAGGGCAAGCCUCAAGAUGGCGAGCACCAGGGCAAGAGCCAAAGCAGCACAAAGAGCACCCUGGAGCCCUACACGGACCCCAUACCGGCCUUCAGCGACGUCAAGGCCCGCCUGCCCACGCCCUUCUGGGAGGGGCACCAGGAGGCCAUCGACUGCUACUGGUCCACCUGGGAGAUCGCCUUUCGUAACAUCAAGCCCGCGGGGACGGAGAACGGCUUCGUGUCCAACUUCAUCGACACUGCGUUCAACAACUGUCUCUUCAUGUGGGACUCGGCUUCAUCCUCCUCUUCGCCAGGUACGGGUCGCCGCACGCUGGACAACUUCUACGCCAAGCAGCAUCCCGACGGGUUCAUAAGCCGCGAGAUCCACCAGUGGGACGGCCAGGACCAGUUCCACCGACACGACCCCACAUCCACCGGGCCCAACGUGCUGCCGUGGGAAGAGUGGGAGUACUUCCAGAACUUUGGCGACGUGCAGCGAAUCAAGAACAUCUUCUUCCCUCUGCUGGGCUAUCACCGCUGGAUGCGCAAGCACAGAACGUGGCCCGAUGGCACCUACUGGACCUGCGGCCUCGGCUGCGGAAUGGACAACCAGCCGCGCAUUCCCGAAGGGUGCAAUGCGUGGGUGGACCACGGGCACAUGGCGUGGAUCGAUGCGUGCGCCCACGCCGUUCUAUCGGCCAAGGUGCUGCUCGACAUGCACCAGGUCGUCCGCGACAGCGGAGCUAAGGAGAGCGAGUGGGAGGUCGACCUGAGCGACCUCCGUGAAGAGGUCGAACAGCUCACCAAGUUCAUCAACGACGCCAUGUGGGAUGACACCGUCGGGCUGAGCCGACUGACGGGCCAGGAGAAGGGCAAGCGAGAGGGCCUGUCGGAGGUCAAGACCAUCGGGGCCUACUGGACCCUCCUCGCGGGCGUGGUGCCCCAGGAGCGCCUGGCCACGUUCGUCGGCCAUCUGGACAACCCCGCCGAAUUCAAGACGCCCCACCGCGUGCUGCGCGGGCUGACGAAGAACGGGCAGGACGAGCUGGCCUACGAGAUCGCGGCCAACCACCACCGGGCCGUGGUCGACGUCCACCAGCAGACCGGCACCGUGUGGGAGAACUACAGCCCGUCCAGCGCCGCCCCCGGCUCGCCCGCCAAGAAGGACUUUGUGGGAUGGAGCGGUCUCGGCCCGAUCGCCAUCUUCCUCGAGUACGUGAUCGGUCUCAGGCCUUACGUCGAGAAAGGCCUGCUGGUGUGGGACGUGAGGCAGUUGGAGGCACACGGGGUGACCCAGUACCCGUUCGGGCGCGACGGGUGGCUCGACCUGUCGUGCGAGGCACGCACCAGCGCGGCGUCGCGCCCGCAGGUCACCGUCAAGAGUUCGGUUCCGCUCAAGCUCGAGCUCCGGUGGAACCAUGCCGGCGAUGACAGCGUCCAGGUCGCACUCAUAGACAUCCAGCCCUACGCCAACUGA